UCGCAUUUUAAAUGAACACUACUCCAUAUGGGGCUGAACUGAUUUAAGCUGCUUUCUAAUCGACUAAUAAAGUAGUUGAUCCGCUGGGGUUGCCUUAACGAGCUCUAACAAGGAGUUGCUACCCCUUUUUUUGGAAAUAAGCUGUAUUUAAAUUUAUUACAGCUUCUACCCAGUUUUGCAGUCAACUUGCAUUGAUAUUAUUUCGCAGCUGUGUGCAUUUACGAGUAACAACCUCAUUUUAUCAGCAUCUGUUUGAAUCAAAUGUCCCCUUUCCACCUUUUCUUGCACCUCGAUCCAGGUCCUAUGCAUGCGCUCAUCAUCUCUCUAUCCUUUUCUCUCCUUCUGCUCACCCUGCAGUACUCAUGUCCAAGCACACCCUCCCCCACAGCUCCCCAAGAUAGAGCCCCCUCUUUUAGAGAUCCCUCCUCUGGUGUUUGCCCCCGUGGACCCCGCCUCAGGUCCCAGACUGGUCAAAGGUGAGAAGUGGCCUCUUCUGGGGCGCGAAGACCCCAGAGAGCCACCGGACCCCAUUGACUAUGAAAGCAUUGACCCGGACUUGGAGAACGAUGACAUGUUCGCCAGGCGGACCCUGUCGUUUCAGUCCAACGCAGACCUGGCCGCGUUCAAGACUCGGCUCCCCGCCAAGCGCAGACUCCACUCGUCUGAGCCGCAGCUCAAUAUCGUCACACGGCAACACCUUCGCGGAGACGCAGAGGGAGACGAUUUUCCAGACAUUGAGCGGGACGAUGUCGUUUAUCGCAGGGAGAAAACCCAGAGGCAGCGAGCGCUUUCGGGGGCCCCAGACAACUACGCCCCCAUGCACGUCCCGGAGCCCUGGGCCCUCCCUGCUGAUCUCAAAGCCAGACUCCUCUGCGCCCCCUGCCCUCUGACUCGGGAAGCGGCCGCGGCUGAGCAGGAUCAAGCUAAGAAUGAGCUCCAGCCAGAAAAGGAUGACAUGCUGGUUCGGAAGCUGCGAGAUUGUUCCGAUCAGAGUCAGCAGAAAGGCCCGUUGGCCGGUCGCACAACUCCCUCCGUGCCUUCCUCCUGUAGCAAAGGCGACCUGCAGAGGUGGCAGGCAAUCAGGGAAGCCUCUCAGCUAAGAUACAAGAGGAAGCUUUUAUUGGAGAGACUAGUGGCUCUGAAGGUGUAGAAGCAGAUGGAUGUGAAACUUCUGAUCCGUGUACCAUUUACCGCCCCUGUGUCGGAUGACACACGAGUCCUGAUGGAUGUGGAGACGGUCGGAGGUUGAACUUUUGUCCAGUCACGCUCUUGUUUAGAAUGAAACGCUGCUUCUUCUUCUUUCUUUUUUUUCACUGGGUCACUUUAAAACAUGUUGCUGUAAGCCACAUAGAAGGAGAUAUACUGACAUUUGCUGUAUAAAAAGUCUAUUUAGUUCUUGACAUGUUCUGGUAUCACGUUGUCACUGUUUGGUGGCUUUGAGUGAAAAUACAGUCUGAUGGCAUUUACACGAGAAGGUUGAAACGAAAAGACAAAAUAAUCUAAUUGGUUAAAUUGCCCCAUAUUAUUGAUGUUGUAAUUGCUAUUGGGUAUAAUGCAAUAAUACGCUUUCUGCGUUUUUCUUUUGACACAUUGACAUAAGCAAAAAAUACAGUACUAAAUACCAGCUACAUUUAGCUAAUUUUUUUCAAGUUAAUAAUAAUUUGUGCUUAUUGCCCAGAAUAGUGUGUGUGUUUGUCGUUUGGCUCCUUAUAGAGUAGCAGGAAUGGAUCUGACUUGCAUCAGCUGUGUAAUUAGUUUGGCAAUCAACUCAUAGGCAAUAAUGCAGUAUUUUUCCAAUAAUGUAAGAAAGUUUUAGGUCCUUCAGGAUAAUUACAUUUUGUCAAUAAUUAAGUUGAUUAAGUUAUUACUUUAUUGUUGUAGCUCCAAGAAACAGUGCUUUUUAUGCAUUGUACGACUGUCCACUGCAGUGAUCACGUUUAAAAUGAGUUUUUAAUUCUGAACCAAGGAGGUAAUAACUUUUUGUUUUGUUACUGGCAAUAUAGCAGUUUAUUAUUGGAUAUUAAAAACUUUAUUACAUUAUUGAAAAGGUAUUUGUGUGACUAGCUUUAUUAUAUUUGGAAUGGCAAAAAUGAUCACUGUUUUUUGCUGUUAUUUUGUUUUUGACAGUGAGCUGCUCAUAGCUUACCUGUAGUUUUAAAAUAUCUUAAGAGACUGACUUUGUGGCUUUUUGGGGCAGAAAAUAUUUACACUGACACAGAUGUCUUGUAAAUAUUUCAGCCAGCUGACCAGCAGUGUGGAGUAAUGGCAUCUUGUUAAAAGGGUUUUAAACCAAAGCAAUGAUAAUGAUGGAAUAUUUUUUAAAACAUUUGUCUUCCUUGCCCAUGAGUAGUUUCAAUUGUGUUUCCUCUUAUAUUGAGAAUUAAUAUUUUAUUUUUCUGAAAAUGGUUGCGGUUCAGAGGUGCAUGUUGUUUACCUUCAGCGUGAACUCCCCGGUUGUGCAGCAAACUUACUGCUCUUGCGUGUGUGGGUGUGGUUCAUGAACAAAACCCCCCAAAACUUCUCCUUGACAGGAAAGGAUUUCAUGACAAAAAACUGGUCCCAUACAUUUUCAUCUUUAGUUUGUUUUCUUGAAAGUCUGAAUUUGCCUGUAAAUUGUAAAUCCAUAUAUUUCUGCUCAAUAAAAUAAAAGAAACAACUUCAUGACUUUGCUUUGGAACCAGUUGAAUAACUCCCCGAGCCGUGAAUCUGACCCCGAGUUCAGCUGAAAAGAGCAUCACGCCAACAUGUGAAACUCGAAGCGCAGCAGCAAGACAAGGCAGAUGCAAACUACAGCAGCCCAGACUGCAACAAGUCAGGCAGUUUAAUGUGCGCCAACAGGGGGUAAAGAAAUCCCCCACCUCUCUGAAAGUACAUGCGACGUGUGCGCAGAACUCAAAGUUUUCACCACAGGCUGGGGGUACAAUGCAACCAUUUAAUCUGAGUCAAGCUCAUCUGGAUUUACUUCGCUGCCAUGUGUGAAGUUACGCUUGCAUCAUGGAGUCUGUGGACAGGAUGUGUUGCUUAGAGGGAAAUCCAAACACAUCUCUAUUAAGUAAGAAGCUCCAUACAGUAGAGUCAGUUUUGGUUCUUGUAUGAAUGGAGCUUAGGAAGCUUUCUCCACUCCACUAAAGCCUUUUAAAAUGCAGGAAAUUAUCUGAGAUUAUGGGGUGUGAUUAAAUAUUCCAUAGAGUUUUGCACAAAGCACACUGGCAAGCCUGUUUUUUUUGUUUUGUUUUGUUUUGUUUUGUUUUUUUCUCAGUGGAAUGAGGGUUCACCUACGUAACAUACAGAAGAAGCAAUCCAUUGCAAUAGAAAACUUUCAUAGGGCAGACUUGACAGAUAAGUAAUAUUUUUUUACUUGGUGUUCCCAUGCCUCCCUUUUUUUAAUGCUUCCCUGGACAACUGCCCAUAUAAUUCAUACUGUCAAGUCAGCUAUUUCACUCUUUAUCUUCUGCAGGCAGGCAGCUGCAAAUUUUAGACUUUGGCAAGCGGAGUCAUGUUUGUGUUUGGUUUAAAUACAAAUGAGUUUUAAUAAGAGUCUCCACCUGGCCUCCAGCUCUUAACCGGAGUACUGUCAGUCUCACUGUGGGGGGAAAAAA